AACGAGAGUUUGUUUGUCGCCAUACCGACAAAAUCGCAUGUGUGUACGAGUUCGACCACAGGUUCGACGUUCGAACGUUGCCUGUCGCUGACUUUUAUCUCGUCCCGAACACAUCGUUAUUUAGUCACUAAACUGCUAUCGAAAAUCACGAAAAAUGGCUCAGCCAGACUGGGAUACUGUCACGUACCUCCGCAAGAAGCCCAUGAAGGCUAGCCAGCUGAGGUCUCAGCAGGUUAUUAAUGCGGCCCAAAGGCAAGGCGUUCCCAUUGAGACCACUAAAAAGUUUAACGCCGCCACAAACAAGAAGCAGGUCACUUCGCUGAACACGGCAAAGCUCGACAGAGAGACCGAGGAGCUGCACCACGACCGCGUCACCCUUGACGUUGGCCGCCUGAUUCAGCAAGGCCGGCAGGGGAAGGGCUUGACCCAGAAGGACCUCGCAACGAAAAUCAACGAGAAACCGCAAGUGGUGAACGACUACGAAGCGGGUCGUGCGAUCCCCAACCAGCAAGUGCUCGCCAAAAUUGAGAGAGUCAUUGGCAUGAGGCUGCGUGGCAAGGAGAAAGGACAGAUGAUGUGCGAGAAGAAAAAGUGAAAAGGGAAUUUUCGUACUGAAAGUUGGUUUUCAGGUUUCAUCUGCGGCUUUCUGGCAACGAUGUGGUCUAAUAUGCGUUUCCCCGCGUUUUAUUUUGUUACAAAAGGCCAAGUGUACACUAUUUUGCCAGUGAUUUGUGCGAAAGGUUGCUGAAUAAACUGGGGACAUUUA